AGAGGAAAGGAAAUCAGGAACUAGGGAAGGUGGGACUUAUUAGUACUCUUGCACAACGUUUUGAGCAUUUUUCAAUCGGAAGGACCUCUAAAAUGUCACUCAUUAUCUGCUUCUUUGUCCUGCAAUUGUUAACAUGGUCAAGGGUGCUUCUAGCUCAUGAAAGUAGAAACAACUGCUCAAGGUCCAUUAUGAGCAUAGGUGCUGUGCUUGAUUUGAGUUCACAAAUGGGAAAGCAUCAGAAGAUAGCCAUGCAAAUUGCACUCCAAGAGUUCAAUCGGUUGAGUUGUUCCAAGCUGGAUUUGAAGAUUGAAAAUUCCCAUGGGAAUUCAGCUCACGCAGUUGCUAGUGCCAUGGAUCUCACCCAGAGCAAGCAAGUGUUAGCCAUCAUAGGCACAAUAACACACAGUGAAGCAAAUCUGGCAAGUGAAUUUGAUGACACCAUAAAAAAUAUUCCUAUCUUGUCUCUAAUUUCACCUGUAGCCAGAUCAGAGAAAUCAUCUCCUCUAUUGCCAUACUUCAUCCAAGAGGGAUAUGAUAUCAACCUUCACAUGCAAUGCAUUGCAGCCAUUGUGGGAGAAUUCAGAUGGCGAAAGGUGACAGUAAUCUAUGAACUUGAUAACUGGUUUUCCUCUGAUCCAGGGAUUCUACUCGACCUCUCCUAUUCCCUUAGACUUGUUGGAUCAGAGAUUGAUAAUCAUGUAGCGUUGCCUUCCUUAUCCUCUCUAUUAGAUCCAAAAUCUACCAUUGAAAAUGAGCUUAAUAGGCUCAAAAACAAAAGUAACAGGGUCUUCUUGAUUGCGCACUCUUCUUUAGAGCUGGCAAACAUACUUUUUGAGAAAGCAAAGCAAAUGAGUUUAGUGGGAAAAGGUUCUGUGUGGGUUAUCCCAGAUGGGGUUGCUGGCCUACUUGAUUCAGUUAACUCUUCUUCAAUCCUUAACAUGCAGGGUGUUAUUGGAUUUAAGACACAUUUCAUGGAAACAAGCAAAGCAUUUAGAAGGUUCAAAUUCAAAUUCCGAAGAAGGUUUGUACUGGAGUUCCCUGAAGAAGAGAACAUUAACCCAAGUUUCUUUGCACUUCAAUCAUAUAAAGCAACCCGGGCAGUUGCUCAAGCUGCAAGGGAAUCGCAAGGGAAGUUAACCCUUGAACAAUUAUUCAAAAGUAAUAUAUCCAGAAAUGGCAAAUUUUGGCAAUCACAAACCUUCAAUAUAAUUAAUGUGAUAGGUAAAAGUUACAGAGAGUUAGCAUUAUGGUCUCCAGAACUAGGUUUCUCCAAAAACCUUAUUACACAGCAGCUGACAGAGAUGAACACAAAUAGUGCUUCUAGUGGAAUUUUGAGUACUGUUUAUUGGCCUGGAGGUAUACAAUUUGUUCCUAAGGGAUGGACUCACAGCACCGAACAAAGAAAAUUGCAAAUAGGAGUGCCUGCAAAAGGUGCCUUCACUGAGUUUGUGAAUGUGACAUAUGAUAAGAACAGGAAUAAAACUUCUAUCACAGGAUUCUCAAUCGAUGUCUUUAAAGAAGCCGUUCAUAAUUUGUCUUAUGACUUGGACUUUGCGUUUGUUCCCUUUAAUGGGUCUUAUGAUGAAAUGGUAGAGCAAGUCUAUAACAAGACAUUGGAUGCUGCUGUCGGAGAUACAUCAAUAAUGGCAUACAGAUAUCAUUUAGUUGACUUCUCACAACCGUAUGUUGACUCUGGUAUUGACAUGGUGGUUACAGAGCAAUCAGCUAAAUCAAAAGAAACAUGGAUCUUUUUAAAAGCCUUCACAAAAGGGAUGUGGUUGAUGAUGGCAGCAUUACACAUUUUCGUAGGAUUUGUCAUUUGGUUGAUCGAAAGGCAAGUUAAUGAAGAACUAAAAGGAUUCGGGUCCAUGCUUUGGUUCUUAGUCACUGUAAUAUUCUAUGCACACACAGGAGAACCAAUUAGAAGCCCCUUGGCUCGAACUGUGCUGGCACCAUGGUUAUUUGUUAUCCUAAUUGCAACUAGUACUUUCACAGCAAGUUUGACUUCCAUGAUGACUGUUUCACAACUAGAGCCAUCUGUGUUAGAUAUCAAGAGCCUUCUGAAGAGAAAUUCUCCAGUUGGUUGUAAUGGAAAUUCGUUCAUUGUAAAGUAUUUGACUGAGGUACAAAAAUUCAAACCUGAGAACAUUAGGAGAAUUAACUCCAUAAAUGAUUACCCUUCAGCCUUUCAGAACAAGGAUAUCGAAGCAGCUUUCUUUAUUGCGCCUCACGCUAAGGUAUUUAUGGCAAAGUACUCAUGCAGGGGUUUCAUCAAAGCAGGGAACACUUUCAGGCUUGGUGGCUUAGGUUUUGUAUUUCCCAAGGGUUCCACUUUGGCUACUGACAUAUCCGAGGCAUUGCUGAAAGUGCUAGAGAGUGGGGAAAUUGAACAGCUUGAAAAAGAUAUGCUAACCAUAGAAGGCAAUGCCAGUUGUUCUCCUUUAGAGAGCAAGGCAAAAGAUGGGUCACCGACAGGAUUUCAGCCUUUUCUUGGCCUAUUUUGCAUCUGUUCAAUUGUUGCUGUUCUGGCAUUGUUAUAUAAUAUGAUUUGUUUGUUGAUGAGUAAUGUAUUGACCUUCACUAGCUACAUACAUCUAACAUUAACACAAUUAAGGAGAAUAUGGAGAUGGACAACCAGAUAUUUUGCUCGGAGCAGUUCAAGGUUCCAAUCAGGAAGUUUGAGAAGUGUGAGUACAGCCACAGUAACAAGAAAUGCAGAGGAGACAGUCAUUAAUACUCAGUGAAGCACAGAGGUUGUUGAGCUUAUAGAUGUAGUAUUGGCUGCUCUAUGCUUCCUGAGAUAUUAAUGUUUCAAACUUUUUGUAGAAAGCAUAUCACUCUUGUUGAGAAUGAGGAAUUUCAUGUGUAAUGAUGUGAUGUCUGAUUUAGAGGAAAUGGAAUAUCCUCUGAUUAUGUGUAAUAAUCAAUAUUAUCUGUCCAUAAACUAGUGUCUGCUGGAUAGUCUGACACAUGAUUUACACUAAUUCUAUUUUUUCUUAUUUUACAUGAUAUCUAGAGUUAGGCUGAGAGAAUAAGAAAAAACUAUUAAUUCCCAA